AUGGCAGUUACCUCAAUUAAUAAUGAUGGCCCUCUGGCUAAAGUGACACUACCCAUUGAAGGGCACCCUACAACCUUUUUAAUAGACACAGGUGCAGCCAGAAGUGUAAUAAGGGCCCAGGAUCUGCCAACUAAAACCUUUCUAUCUAAAAUAGAUGUAUCAUGUGUGGGAGUUGAUGGAGUUCCCCGUACUAGCCCCCUCACCAAGCCCCUCCGUAUAGCCAACAUACCCCACUUGUUUGCAAGAUUUGUGGUCUCAGACACCUGUCCUCUUAAUCUACUAGGUGCAGAUGUCCUUUCUAGACUCCAGGCCUCAAUCAAAUUCAGUAAGGAUGGUACUGUAUCCAUCUCAUCCCCACUGGAGGCUGAUGAUGUAUCUGCUCUGUGUUCUCUUCCGAUUAUGUUGGCUCUUCAACAAACUCCCACCCACACCAUCCCACCAGAGGUGCUUGCCCGUAUCCCAGAAAGUCUUUGGUCCACUGGUCCAGAAGACAUUGGUAAACUUAGAAUUCCUCCUGUUAUGGUUACUCUUAAGCCAGGAGCUCCACUGCCUAGGAAACCCCAGUAUCAACUCAAGAUUGCCCAAUCAGAAGCCAUCUCAAAACAAGUUCAGACACUUGUUAAUAAAGGGGCUCUUAUCCCAUGCACCUCCCCCUGUAACACGCCCCUAUUCCCAAUUAAAAAGAAGACUGCAAAGGGGGAACCUGAAAAGUACCGGAUGGUCCAGGAUCUCAGAGCUGUGAAUGAAGCCACAGUGCUGGAAACUCCUAUUCUGCCUAAUCCUCACACUCUGCUGUCAAAAGUACCUCCAACUGCUAAAUACUUCACUGUUGUUGAUUUAAGCAAUGCAUUCUUCAGUAUUCCUCUAGAUCCCAGCUGCUGGUACCUGUUUGCCUUCACCCAUGAAGGACAGCAAUACACUUGGACUGUCAUGCCCCAAGGGGCUCAGAACUCACCUAGCCAAUUUGCUAAAGCCAUGACUCUAAUCCUAUCAACCUGGCAAGAACAGAACCCAUCCGUGGUGCUUAUCAGCUAUGUGGAUGAUCUUCUGUUAUGUGCUGAUGACCUCACAUCUGCAGAAAAGCACUCUGAGAGUCUCCUCUGCUAUCUAGCAGAUCAAGGCUGCAAGGCCUCAAAGCAAAAGCUACAGUGGUGUGCCACUUCAGUUGUCUUUCUUGGUCACUGUAUUUCACAAGGCACAAGACACCUUACGCAGGACAGGAUCAAAGCCAUACAGGCUAUACCUGUGUCAACAAGGCCUAAGGAUUUACAUGCUUUUCUUGGACUAAUUUCUUAUUGCAGGUCCUGGAUCCCAGAAGCCUCUCUAUUGAUGCAACCUCUCUACGAUGCUUUGAAGACGGAUCCCUUUGACCUCUCACAGGAGGCUAUCUCAAGCUUCCAGAAUCUCAAGGCGGCCAUCUCUACAGCACCUGCACUUGGCCUGCCAGACUAUGACAAACCUUUCAAACUCUUUGUCUCUGAGAGACAAGGACAUGCCACUGGUGUCCUGGCCCAGUCUCAGGGCAACAAGACACGACCUAUCGGAUACUACUCUUGCAGACUUGAUGCUGUAGCCAGAGGAGGUCCCUCAUGCCUCAGAGCUGUCUUUGCUGCACAAGCAUUGCUGGACAAAACAUCUGACCUAGUUCUUGGUCAUGAUCUCAUCCUUCUGGCUCCUCAUGACAUCUCUGCAAUCCUUAAUCAGACUCAACCAAAGCACCUCUCUACAGCAAGACACCUCAGACUGCAGUGCUCACUCUUGAUCCCUGAUAAUGUCACCCUACUGAGAUGUAAUGUUCUCAAUCCUUCCACCCUGCUUCCACUUCCUGAGGGGGGAGAUGAGGGUGAUGGGGAGAAUCAAGGUGAAGAGGUUAUGGGUGAUCACCCCCAUGACUGCUUUGAGCUGAUGAAAAUGGAAACAACUCACUUACCAUCUGUAAGUGAAAACCCACUGCCAAAUCCAGAUCUUAUCCUCUUUGUGGAUGGCUCAAGGUUUGCAGAUGAACAUGGAAAGUACCACACAGGAUAUGCUGUCACUACAGAGGACACAGUUCUAAAAGCGGAGGCUCUCCCUCCAACAGUGUCAGCACAGGAAGCUGAACUGCAAGCCCUUAUCAUGGCAUGCAAAUUGGCCGAAGGCCAGACAGCGAACGUAUACACGGACUCCUCCUAUUCUUUUGGAGCCGCCCACAAUUUUGGCCUCCUGUGGAAAAAUAAGGGCUUCCUGACAGCAGCAGGGACCCCAGUAAAACAUGGCAAGGCCCUUAAAGACCUAAUGGAUGCCUUGCUCCUCCCAACUGAAGUAGCAGUUCUGAAAGUGAAGGCCCAUGGAAAAUUGAACUCUAAAGAAGCAAAAGGCAACAACCUGGCAGACUCUGCAGCCAAACAAGCGGCUAGGAAUUUACAGGAAGUGGAGAGCAGAGUGGAGGAUACACCUACAUUGGCCUUACAGACCCUACCAGUGGAAAGAUCCCAGUUGAAGGUAUUGCAGGAGGCAGAAAGUCCUGAAGAAAAGAACAUAUGA